GGCAACAAAUCACGACCUCCCUUCUCUUCUUCCACCACCGUGCUCUCUCUCGCAUCGCCUUCUGCUUUCUGUUCCUCCCUCCGGCCAUUUGUCUCCAGCUCUUCUGCGAGCAGCGAAAAGUAGAAGCAGCUGAAUCCGGGAACCAUGAUGUCCUUCGAAAUGAAUGACCGAAAAAAAAUCGGUUUAGGGCUGACAGGAUUUGGAGUAUUUUUCUCGUUCUUGGGAGUAGUCUUUGUCUUUGAUAAGGGAUUACUUGCCAUGGGAAACAUUCUUUUCAUCUCGGGGGUUAGUCUAACCAUUGGCUUCAAGUCUACCAUGCAGUUUUUCAUGAAGCGUCAAAACUAUAAGGGAACUAUUUCUUUUGGCGUCGGUUUCUUCUUUGUUGUCAUUGGGUGGCCGAUCCUGGGAAUGAUGUUGGAGACCUAUGGUUUUUUCGUACUAUUCAGCGGCUUCUGGCCAACCUUGGCAGUUUUUGCUCAGAAGAUACCCGUUCUGGGUUGGAUCAUUCAGCAACCAUAUAUUAGAUCGUUCUUUGACAAGUACCGAGGCAAGCGUGUGCCGGUCUAGUCUCCACAGUCCAAGCAGAGAGACAAUUCACUGAGCUAGAUGCAGCUGAACAGGCGAUUAAAGUUUUUGGAGGAAGAAGUUGGUGUGGUUGUUUGACUCCGGUAGAAAACUAAAAUCAUAGGAGAAAGAAAAUAGGAUGGAGCAGAACGUACAAUUUGAAGCUGUGUGUCUAUGUACUUAAGGGAAAACUCAGUGACUUUAAUGCUCUUGAUGGGUUUGUGUUUUGGUAAUUGUUUUUUUACUUUGACAAAUCUUUUGGCCAAAUUUGAUUUUGGCAAAUACGUAGUCGGUUUUUGCAUACAUAUAAAUUUGUUAUCGCGGAUCCUGUUUAAUGUGUAAAAUUGAUCCUAGUUAAAAACUAUGUCUACGACUCUGAUUUUCGAGUCCCU